GACAUAUAAUAAUCUGGUGGUGUGGUACACGUGUGAUUGAACGUGUGCACCAGACAUCGCCAUGCGUCACGGAAUGGGAGGACCAGCGGCUCCACGCAGAGGGUCCCACUGGCUCACCCCUCCCCGCGUCACCGGGAGGAGAGGGAGGCCAAGAAAAGAAAGAAAAAAAAGUGUGCAGACAUAGAGUUGACAUUCAAAAUGCACACUUCAGCCCGGGUCAGUCUGCUGCGCCAAACGAAUACUUAAACCAGUAAAUAUUGCCAGGAAGGAGAGGGAGUGUGUUGACGUCUUCUCCGUCACGUGCAUGUGACAGGUUAAUAGUUUAUUUUGUUCUUCCACUUCUUGGCCAUGUUUCCCAGCCCCGGCAGCACGUCCACUCCCUUCUCCGUGAAGGAUAUAUUAAACCUGGAGCACUGUCAUGACGUGACGGUGUCUUCGUCUCUGGACUUCUCCUCUCGUAUGGACUGCUGCGCGGUGCCGACCUCCUCCUCCUCUUCUUCCUCCUCUUCCUCCUGCAUGCUGGCCCGCCUGAAGCAGGAGCCUCUCCCGGACAUGUCGUCCUCCGCCGCCGCCGCCUCGCUGUUUGGAGAAGACCUCCACGAGUCCAGAUCCGGCAGAGGCCACAACGCGGUGAACUUCGCCAUGUAUGGGAAGUCCCUGCUGGAGAUGGACGUGGUGAAGGAUGGCGGAGCAGACGCGUUGGAGGCCAAACGCAGAAAGGGAGACUUCAGUCCCCCGAACGAGCCCCUGCAGGACCUGAAACCCGACGACCCGAACCGGGCCAAGCCCCGCAGGCGCAGGAAGCCGCGCGUGCUCUUCUCGCAGGCGCAGGUGUACGAGCUGGAGCGCCGCUUCAAGCAGCAGCGGUACCUGUCGGCCCCGGAGAGAGACCACCUGGCCGGGGCCCUCAAGCUCACCCCGACCCAGGUGAAGAUCUGGUUCCAGAACCGGAGGUACAAGUGCAAGCGGCAGCGGCAGGACCAGAGCCUGGAGAUGGUGUCCCUGCCGCCGCCCAGGAGGGUGUCGGUGCCGGUGCUGGUGCGGGACGGGAAGCCUUGCCUGGCGGCCGACACCGCCGCCUACAACCCGUCCUACAGUAUGGGGCACCUCGGCCACUUCUCCUACAACAACUACCCGGCCUUCAGUAACUACAGCGGGGCCGGCUGCAACACGAACUAUGCGUGUAGUUACCCCGCAGCGGCGAUGCAGACCAUGCAGGGCCCCCCCGGCACCGGGACCUACGGCCACCACUUCGGGGUCGGGGACCUGAAUAACGUCCAGAACUCGUUUUCCUCCGGUAACGGGGUGUCCUCGUUACAUGGCAUUAGGACAUGGUAACAUAUCAGAUGAGUUGAAUUAUUAUUAUGACUGCAUGCAAUUAUGACUUUGCGGAGUUUGUGUAACUUCUUAUAUUUAAUUACUUUUGUUUAGUUUGUUGCUUGUUUUUUAGCACAAUUUUUGUGUCUGAAUAAUCUAUUUAUUUCAGUGAUAACAAAAAACUAAAGUUGGCAAACACAAUUGUGUAAAUUAGAAAUGUCAAAACUAUAACAACUUUAAUUUUAUUAAUGUUUUUUUUCUUCACGUCUCAAUAUUUCACCACUAAAAUUAAGACAGUAAUUUCAGUGUGCUACGAUAGAAAAAUAGACAAAUUGUAAGUUAAGACAACAAUGAUUAAUUAUACAAGGCUACUAUUAGUAUUAAUAUUAUUAUUUGUUAAUAUUCAUGACAUGCAACUAUUUAAUUAAAAUGCUUAAAGUUGUUUCACGUAAUAACUGCCUCUGGCUCUCAAUCCAAAUACACCAACAGUAUAUAUUAUGUAAUAGUGAACUAUAAGGUCACAUAAUGGUUGAACUGGACCAUAACAUGUCAGGCCUCAUGUGGUUUGUGUCCAGUUAAAAUGUUGAAGUGGCUAUUAGGACGCUUCCUUCAAUAAGCUCCGCCGAGGUUAAAAGGUUGUAAAAAGUUUACACUUUUAACAACCGGCUGUCAGUCGCGCCGCACACGCGUGUUUCAGCUGCUGAGACAGAUGGCUGUGAGCCGUGACCUUGACCUCUACGCAGUGUUGUUACACGAGAUGAACAAAUGCGGUUUUCAAUUCAGUGAAACUACAAGUUUUGAUUUUCAUUUACUGGAUUUUGUGUGCAAGCAUUUACUGAACAAUCUUACCUUUUCUCUGUACUUGUAAAUAUGACACGUUCAAGAUAUCACUCUAUUGUUGGACAGUAAACUUGAAUAUUAAAGACUCUUGUUUUGAAAAAAUAUAUAAAUGGUCUUGUGUUUGAGAAGUCAUCGAGUUCCACACGGUGGGCUCACAGCGAUAUUCAACUGUCAGAUACAACACUAAUGUGUCUUAUGUGUGUUAUUGUUCUAUGUUUAUUAUGGUCUGUCGAGGGACUGCAGACGCUAAUUAUCUGAAUCCUACAAUCUGGUGCAUCACAUGGAGACAUUUAUGUUUUAACGUAGAGUGAUCCCUUUUAAAUAAAGAUAUACAACAACGUC